UAGUCGGAUUCGUUAACCACUGAGCCACGACGGGAAUUCCACAAGCAUCCCAUCUUAAUAAAUCUAUUUCUUGCCCACCAGAAAAAUGGUGUAUUUCAAAUUUAUUCAAGUCUUAUUUUACUUCUAUGAAAUUUUGUGUUUUUUUUUUUUUUCCACAUAGUUCAUCCACACCGUUUAUGUUAUUGCCUAGGUUCUUCCUUUAUUUAUUUAUUUGUUGGUUGUUGCUCUUAUGAAUGGAGUUAUUUUUCUGUUGUGUUUUAACCGGUUACUCUUGGUGUAUCGGAAUGCUGUUGAUUUUUGAUAUUUUUCUAAUGAGCUUUUUUCUAUCAGCAGAUGCUCUUGUUUACCUAUAGGAGUUAGAACCUAGAUUUUGAGUACUUUUUUUAUUACUGCCAUCUCUUGUGCCUUUUUUUGUUUUGUUUUGAAAAAACACAGUAGCUCUUCAACAUGGAUGAAUCAGUGGCAAAUUUUUUGAUUUUUAAACAAAAUCAGAUGUCAGCUGAGGAGGAUGCUUAAAGCCUCUUCUGCAGAAAUCAUUGAAGAUUAAAAACAACCUGAACAGGAGCAGUGCAGGAAAAGUGCUGGUGGUGGAGGUGGGGAGCUGAGAUUUCCCUGGGCGGAGGGAGUCUGGGAGAUCCUGGGAUCGAAGGAAACUAUCUUCCACUGUGCACAGGCUGCCUCUUUCAAAAGUGAAGCCUUUUCAGAGUUGAUUGAAAAGGGGUUUGAGCAUGGUGAAACAGUGAGGAAGGCAAUAUUUGAAUACAAAGCCCUACCACUACACAGGGGGUUUAGGAAGUGAGGGAGGGGAUCUGAUUUUUAAAAAGUGUGUGUUAAUAAUGAAUUUACCCACAGUCUAGUGUUAGGGAUGGCCUCUGGCAGGUAUUGUCCAAAUGUGCCACUUUAUAAUAGUCUUAGCCCUUUUGUUCAGUGUUAUUUGGUGACCGUGAAUAAAUCUGUAAAAACCUAUAAAACCACAUGGGUUUGUAUUGGUAGUGUCUGUAUUUUGUGGCUCAUUUCUAAGUCCCGUUGGAUAAUCUUAAUAUCCUUUAGCUUCUGGGUGAAAUAUUUGCAAUAUUUACCUUUUUUGGGUAAUUUCUUACGGUCCUCUUUAACCUGAUGCAAAAUAAUUUCCCUUUUUUCGUUCUCUUUGGUUUUAAAAGUGAACGUUGAAUCUUGGGGUGUUAUAUUGAUGCAGUGUAAUUUAAAAUUGACAUUCUUGUGUUUGCUUUUAAAAUAUGUUAUGGGUCCCUGUCAUCCUGCCUCACCCUGCCUUUGAAAAUGGGAUGCUUGCUGCUUUAGGCGGGACGGAAGGCGAAUUUAAUUCCAUCAUAUCUUAUGUUCCUGAGGAGGAAUUGAAGGCGGCAGAAAUAGAUGAAGAAAACGGGGAGGAGGAUGGGCUGCCUCUGGACCUUCAGGAAGGCGACUACGCAUGCAAUGAGGAGACGGAGAUCAAGGAGGCCCAGAGCUACCAGAACUCGCCCGUCAGCACCGCCACUAAUCAGGACGCUGGCUACGGGUCGCCCUUCAGCGAGAACAGUGACCAGCUGGCCCAUCUCAAGAGCUCCUCCUCCAGAGAAGAGAAGGAGGAGCCUCCAGGUCCCGAGAGCGUGUCCUACCCCCAGGACAGCUUGGCACAAAUCAAGGCCGUGUAUGCAAACCUGUUCUCCGAGUCCUGCUGGUCCAGCUUGGCUCUGGACUUGAAGAAGUCCAGUUCGACCACCAGCAACAGCGAUGUGGGCCAGAAGGAGGGCUCCACCCCCGCUCCCACACCCCCUACCAGUACCUCGGGGGCCACUGGGACCACCGCCAGCACCCCAAGCUCUGGCGCCGCCUCUGGCUCCGGCACCAGCACCAGCAGCAGUGGCGGAGGUGGCGGCUCGGGGUAUGACUGGCAUCAGGCCGCCCUGGCCAAGACGCUGCAGCAGACGUCCUCCUACGGGCUGCUACCCGAGCCCAGCCUCUUCAGCACCGUGCAGCUCUACCGGCAGAACAACAAGCUGUACGGCUCUGUCUUCACUGGCGCCAGCAAGUUCCGCUGCAAAGACUGCAGCGCUGCGUAUGACACACUGGUGGAGCUGACGGUGCACAUGAAUGAGACGGGCCACUACCGCGAUGACAACAGGGACAAGGACUCCGAGAAGACCAAGCGGUGGUCCAAGCCUAGGAAGCGCUCGCUGAUGGAGAUGGAGGGGAAGGAGGAUGCCCAGAAAGUGCUUAAGUGCAUGUACUGCGGCCACUCCUUUGAGUCCCUGCAGGACCUGAGUGUCCACAUGAUCAAGACAAAGCAUUACCAGAAAGUGCCUCUCAAGGAGCCGGUGCCGGCCAUCACCAAGCUGGUCCCUUCCACCAAGAAGCGUGCCCUGCAGGACCUGGCGGCCCCCUGCUCCCCUGAGCCGGCGGGGAUCGCGGUGGAAGCUUCGCUGAGUGAGUCGGCCAAAGACCAGAAGGCGGCCAACCCAUACGUGACGCCCAACAACCGCUACGGCUACCAGAAUGGGGCCAGCUACACCUGGCAGUUCGAGGCCCGCAAAGCGCAGAUCCUCAAGUGCAUGGAGUGUGGCAGCUCCCACGACACCCUGCAGCAGCUCACCGCCCACAUGAUGGUCACUGGCCACUUCUUAAAAGUGACCACCUCUGCCUCCAAAAAAGGGAAGCAGCUGGUGCUGGACCCCGUGGUGGAAGAGAAGAUCCAGUCCAUACCUCUGCCCCCCACCACGCACACCCGGCUCCCUGCCGCCCACAUCAAAAAGCAGCCUGACUCUCCUGCGGGGUCCACGACCUCAGAAGAGAAGAAGGAGCCCGAGAAGGAGAAGGCACCAGUGGUGGCGCCGGCUGGGGAGGUGGACAAGAAGAUCAAGGAAGAGGGCGAGGAUUCUUCUGAGAAGUUCGAGCCCACUGCCCUCUACCAGUACCUCCGUGAGGAGGACCUGGAUGACAGCCCCAGGGGUGGAGUGGACAUCCUCAAGUCCCUGGAGAACACAGUCUCCACGGCCAUCAGCAAAGCCCAGAAUGGUGCGCCCUCGUGGGGCGGCUACCCCAGCAUCCACGCGGCCUACCAGCUGCCUGGCACCGUGAAGCCGCUGCCAGCCGUGCAGAGUGUGCAGAUGCAGCCGUCCUAUGCCAGCAGUGUGAAAUCCCUGUCCUCGGAGCACAGUGCUCUUCUGCACUCCCCGGGGAGCCUCACGCCGCCGCCCCACAAGAGCAAUGUGUCGGCCAUGGAGGAGCUGGUGGAGAAGGUCACGGGCAAGGUCAGUGUGAAGAAGGAGGAGAGACCGGUGGAGAAGGAGAAGGGCUCACCGGCCAAGGCCGUGUCCCCUGUGGCCAAGGAAAAUAAAGACUUCCCCAGAACGGAGGAGCCCAGCAAUGGCAAGCCCCAGCCAAAGAAGGGCCCCGAAGCUGACGCGGGGAAGGCCAAAAAGGAGGGCGCAGGGGAUGCUCACACCCCAAACGGCACGGAGCCUCUCAAGGCCAAAGUUACAAAUGGCUGCAACAACCUGGGAAUCAUCACGGACCACUCACCCGAACCCUCCUUCAUCAACCCCCUGAGCGCCCUGCAGUCCAUCAUGAACACCCACCUGGGCAAAGUGUCCAGGCCCGUGAGCCCCUCACUGGACCCGCUGGCCAUGCUGUACAAGAUCAGCACCAGCAUGCUGGACAAGCCGGCCUACCCUGCCAUGCCCGCCAAGCCUCCCGGCGCCCUAGACCGCUACUACUACGAGAACAGCGACCAGCCCAUCGACCUGACCAAGUCCAAGAGCAAGCCCCUGGUCUCGGGCGCAGCCGACGGUGUGGCCUCGCCACUCCGGGAGAGCGCGCUCAUGGACAUCUCGGACAUGGUGAAGAACCUCACUGGCCGGCUGACCCCCAAGUCCUCCACGCCCUCCACCGUGUCCGAGAAGUCAGAUGCCGAUGGCAGCAGCUUCGAGGAGGCGCUGGACGAGCUGUCGCCCGUUCACAAGAGGAAAGGGCGCCAGUCCAACUGGAACCCCCAGCACCUGCUCAUCCUGCAGGCCCAGUUUGCCUCAAGCCUGCGGGAGACGCCGGAGGGUAAGUACAUCAUGUCAGACCUGGGCCCGCAGGAACGGGUGCACAUCUCUAAGUUCACCGGGCUGUCCAUGACCACCAUCAGCCACUGGCUGGCCAACGUCAAGUACCAGCUGCGGAGGACAGGGGGGACCAAGUUCCUGAAGAACCUAGACACAGGGCAUCCUGUUUUCUUUUGCAACGAUUGUGCCUCUCAGUUCAGAACUGCUUCCACAUACAUCAAUCACCUAGAGACACACUUAGGCUUCAGCUUGAAGGAUCUCUCCAAGCUGCCCCUGAACCAGAUUCAAGAGCAGCAGAAUGUUUCCAAGGUCCUGGCAAACAAAGCUCUGGGCCCGGUGGGGGCCUCCGAGGAGGAUCUGGGCUCCACAUUCCAGUGCAAGCUCUGCAACCGGACUUUCGCGAGCAAGCACGCAGUCAAACUGCACCUUAGCAAGACACACGGCAAGUCCCCCGAGGACCACCUGAUCUACGUGACAGAGCUGGAGAAACAGUAGCCCAGGGCCGUGCGGCCCUUGGCGCAUUGCACUAAACGUCCUCGUACUGCACUAGGCCCGGCCUGAGCCUCCGAAAUCAGCCUGCCCUUUGUUGCCGACUGCCUGUCUGGACCUUGGUUUUUCUUACACACAUUUUGUAGUUAUAUUUAUAUGCUCUUCGUCCGAUUGUGCAUGUUCCUUUUCUUUUUCCGUGAGUCAAAGUCUGACCUUUAUUUUCAACAUCUGUUCUCGAUGUUCAGCUCUCUUUUGUAGGAAAUAGUGGGGCACACAACUCAGAGACAUUUAUUUAGCAGGAAAGAAAGACACAAAUAACAAUGAUAAAAGACAUCCUAAAAUUACAAAGUUGCCAUGACAAUAAAGGUCAUAGAACCUCCUAGUGUCAAAUUUAACCCUUUGAGGACUGUAAUCGCAUUUCUGUGCCUUUCACUCAAAAAAAAAAAAAAAAAGGAAAAAAAGGCUUAAAGGCAUUUCAUUCAGAUCAAAAGCUGUGUCAGACACAAAACUUAUUUAAUAAUUAAAAAACAAGCUUUUAUAUGCAGAACUGGUUUCUGAAGGAAGCAUGCAUGCAGCUGUUGGAAGAUAGAAAGUUGUCUAGGACUUGGGGGUUAGGAAGCCACAACUUCACACGUUUAAAACAAAAAACAAAACAAAACAAAAACUAACAACAACAACAACAAACACCCCAGUUGCCACUAUGCCCAAACCCUCUGGAUGCUGAAAAAAAAUGCCACUUUUGGCAAAAAAAAGUAUGCAAGCUAUUAUUUAAAAAUGUGUAAAAAUGCUAUUUCUUUUUUCCUGUAAAAUACUGCGGUUUAUAGUUAUUUACAAAUGUAAGCUUUGGUACAAGCUGACCUUUCUAUAAGCGUGCUGCAUUGGUAAAUGAAAAAAAAAAAAAUGGGGCAAAUGUUGGAGUCCUUUCCUUGUAAAUUGCCAGCAUCAGCUUAAAAACUCCUAUAUGUUACAUAUCGUACCAUUUUAAUCUAUUCAACUUUCUUUGUAUCUUCUGGCUGUAUGCUUUCUCUUUUAACUUUUUAUAUUGUCAUUUUAUAUUAAAUUUCUGUGUAUAUAAUGUAAAACCACAAUUUUUGAAUAAAAUUUAGUUCCUGCAGCUUGAUUUAAAUAGAGAAAUUUUACUGGCACCUGCAUCUUUCCAGAUGCAUGUAUAUCAGACAAAAAUAAAUAAAUGAAAACAAAGCAAGCAAUGCACUAUUAAUUAUACAUUUUGAUGUUCUAUCAUUAAUAUUGUACAGUACAUUUUGGUUCACACAAUUAAAUCCACUGUUUUCUCAAAUGUAAAAUAAACCCACAUGCAGUUCCUGAUUUA